AUGAUUGAGGCUUCUUCACCGUUGGCGGCCAUGCAGCCCCCAGCAUUCCUGGGACAUUGUGGCUUCAGACCCGAUGGGUCUUCCUCAUACGCCUCUUUGGCUGCAACAUCUUUCGCCAACAACAGCUUCAAUUUCAAGGACCUAUCAAUGAAGAAAUCUCACAUCGAUUACUUCAACUUGAAACCGGUUCGAGGCUCUUCGCCGACAGCAAGCCUUGCUGCUGACCUGUCACAAAAUUUCCACAUCGAUCAGAGCCCUCAGCUGCCAACGCCGCGGAGAGCACUGUUCCCCAAUAGCAUCUUUGCUGGGCAAGAUGGACACUUAAACCUCACCACACCUCCUAUUCCUUCGUCCUCUCCUGGAGGUCAGGACGUCAUGGACAUGGAUAUGUCACCUCUACCACAUAAGGUGCCCUUUGGAGCGAUAGAGAUACAACUCCAAUCGCCCACUCCAGAGCCUACACCUAUCGAUUCUCCCGUGUUCUCCAUCACCUCCUCAAGCUCAUUUGAUUCUUCCUCAGAAGUCCUCAAUGUGCCACAGGAGCGGCGAAGAUCGGGUCCAUUGAGACCAUCGUUGUCGAGAACUAAGGGUUUUAGUACCGGCUCAUUGCCUCAACGGCCGGCGCCCGAGAGUCAGGCUCCUCCCUUUCGGUUCACCGACUACAAGAAUAAUAAACCAGCAACCUCUUCCUCCUUAUCCCUCUCUGAAAUCUUUGCCGAUUCUCCAACUCAAGAGAAGUCGGUGUCUCGAAUUCCUCCAGCCUUCGCUGCUCCACGACCUCGCUUUGGCGUUUGUGCUGGAAAUUCACGCACUGGGUCUCCCAUCGGAGGGCAUGUAAGGAAAGGGUCCAAUCCUUCUGUGCGCCCUCGGAAACAGUUCCGCCGGUCUUUGAGUAUGUUUGAGCACCCUGAGGACGUCAUGAAGCGAGAGAAGGAACGAAUGAGCCCGCCUCCCCCAUUGUUGCCGUCCAUCAUGGACAACGAAGCUCCUCAUGUACCUCAACUUCCUCAUUUCAUCCCUGACGGCGAAGCUGGUGCCUUACCACGUAUCACCAAGGAGACGAUGGUCGAAGUCUUAGACGGCCGUUACAACCAUUCCUAUGAGAAGCUUGUCGUCAUCGACUGCAGAUUUGAAUACGAAUACAAUGGCGGCCACAUCGAAGGAGCCGUGAACUUCAACGACAAAGAACAACUUUCAUCUCAACUCUUCGAUGUUGAACCCACAAAGAAGGCAUUAUUAAUAUUCCACUGCGAAUAUUCUGCCCAUCGUGCACCCCUAAUGGCUAAAUUCAUCCGCAACAGAGAUCGCACUGUCAAUGCAGACUGCUAUCCUGCUUUGACCUAUCCUGAGGUUUAUAUCUUAGAUGGUGGCUAUAGCACCUUCUUCAAGGAUUACCGGUCCCGGUGUUUUCCUCAAAACUAUGUUGAAAUGGAUGCCAAAGAGCACGUCCUUGACUGUGAACGCGGUCUCGGAAAGGUGAAACAACGAUCCAAACUGGUUCGAGCUCAGACCUUUGCCUUUGGCCAACACUCCCCUUCGGUUGACUCUAGUCCUACGGCUAUGGGUCGAAGUCGGCUUGAUAGCGAUAUGGACCUGGAUAUGAGUGUUGAAUUCACUCCUGUUGCCGGACCCCGCGUGAAUCUAGGGGCUCUCCGUGGAAUGAACCAUCGCAUGGCUUCUUAUUAG